AAAAUAUCUGGCCAUGGCUACUGUGAGUAUUCAGUUCAAAUAUUAUAUUGACUUGUUGACAAACAAGUUUAUUUUAUUCAUGUUUUCAUAAAGGUUUUUUGCAUCAAAUGUUGCAGCUGCAGGUAAUUAAUAAUAAUUUUAGUAAGAAAAUAAAUUAAUAAUGUGAGUGCAUUUUGGCAAUUUGCCAAAUCUGGUUACAAAAUGAAUGCGUUGUCAAGAUAAAUUGUGAAUAUAAUGCACUUAUUAGAAUCAAUAAUGCAUUGGUAGAAUGAAUUAUCAAUAUUACUAACAGGCUUUUAUCAGUCAAAAAGUAUGGGAAUAUAAUUAGAAUGAUUUCGUUGUAUUUUUACAAUACCUGAUUAAGCACCUGAGUGAAUCGACUCUACUCAAAAAGCUAAUUUUUAUAAAAAUGGGUUACUGUAGGCUCUUCCAAAGUUCUACGAAUACCAGCCACCUGUAAACAUAUCUUUUGUCUGCAUAAAUUAGACAAUAAAGUUUAUUGCCAGCCGGUGACACUGCAUUAUGAAUUUAAAAUUGCGAAUUAUGAAUAAUUACCGACGCUGUCGCGAAUAAAAGGAGUUGUCUUAUAGCAACGUUUGUAUUUCAUCAAAAUGAAACACAAACUACUGCAGAAGUUGCUAGUAAGACACAUUUCGAAUUUUUGUAAGUACAAUCUAUUAAAUUACGCAUUGCAACAGCAGCUAAACAAUAAUAAAAUAAUAUAAUCUACUAUUUUCUAACUUCCUUUAAGUUUGUAUUAAAUUAAAAGUAAACAGUUUAUAGCAAAUGUCUCUUCCUAAGAUAAAAAUUUUUUUAGGAACCUUCGAAUAUUUUCCACUGAAAUGAUAAACUUAAAAUAUACAUUGACCUAUCCUUCUGAUUUUAUUGAACCAUCAUUUAAUCAUUAAUUGGAUUAAUCGUUCCAAUAUCCAAGAAUUCAUUUCAUUUACAAUGUCACUCCUUCCAUCACUAAUUUAUUUUUGUUUACUGAGCGUGUUUACUUGUGCCUCAGAUACGCCUAUAAUUGGGAUAUUAACCCAAGAAAAGUACCUAGUGGAGAAAUAUUUGCCGGAAAAUGAUAAGAGUUUCAUAGUGGCUUCGUAUGUGAAAUUUCUCGAAAGCGCCGGAGCACGUGUAAUACCCAUUUGGAUAGGUCAAGAUAGAGAUUAUUACGAAAGGGUGGUUAAUUAUACAAACGGAAUCCUUUUUCCUGGUGGUGGUACAUAUUUCACUGAAGAUAACGGAUACGGAGUGGCUGCGAAGCAAAUAUACCAUUUAGCUAUAAAAUCGAAUACAAAAGGCACUUAUUAUCCCAUAUUUGGAAUAUGCUUGGGUAUGCAAGUGUUGUUUUUUGCGGAUGUGGGUAACGAUAUUAGAAUCCAACGAUCUUUAAAAUACAUUGCAGUGGCGUUGAAUUUCACUGAAGGUCACGAAACUAGCAGGCUAUUUUCCAACGCUCCCCGGCAAAUUCUUCAAAUACUAAAAUCGAAAAACGUUACGCAUAAUUUACACGGUUUUUCCAUAACCGUGGAGAAAUUAAAAGACUUAAAUAUACUCGGAAAGUGGAGAAUUCUGGCUACGAAUGUAGGAGAGGACGACAAGGAGUUCAUUUCCGCUGUAGAGCAUAAAGACUAUCCGAUAUAUGGGGUGCAGUUUCAUCCGGAGAAAAAUAUCUACGAAUUCAAGGAAAACGUUGGGAUACCCCAUACGGUGGACGCGAUCAAGUCGGCGCAGUAUUUCGCUAAUUUUUUUGUAGACGAAUGCAGGAAAAAUAACAACACUUUUCCAAGUGAGAAAAUCGAAAAGGAAAGUUUGAUUUAUAAUUUUCAUCCUUUGUAUACAGGAAUACAGGAUUCCUUGUACAUGCAGCUGUACGGUUUUACCAAAGAUGAUUAUAGAAACCACCUGCUUCUCUAAAUUUUGAAUAAUCAUUUUAUUUAACAUGUUCGUACCAGUAUGUUGUUUUAGUUGAAUUAUUUAUUGAUGUUAUUUAAUAUUAUUGUAGGAUAUUUAAAUGAAUAAAUUUACCUUUUUUGACUGUAUUUAUCUGCUAUAAUUAAAUAUACUCUAAUUUAUACAUAGAUUUUACUUUUUGAGAAAUAAUUUUUAGAGCAUAGAAGUUGAGG